GCUCGGCUUGGCUUUUUGGCUUUUUAACUUUUCGAUUCACGUGAUCGGAAAACGCGUUUCGCGGCAAAGGCUCUUGCAAUAAUAACGGGUUUCUCGGAUGCGACACUCUCGAUUCGGAAGCUUUUCUAAAAUAGCCAAUAUCGUGUGUGCCAAUCACUUAAACCCUGCAAUCAUCAAAACAAUAACAUUAAAAGCAAUAUAACUUUAAAGAUUUUUAAAUCUUGUAGCCUUGGCUUGGGCAAAGAGUUUUAAGUGAACAAAACUUCAGCCGGUUCAAAGCUGUUUACACCAACUGGUACUGGUACCUUACCUACAUUAACAACUACUACAGGCAACAACACCUGCAAAUCAGCAUAAGCCCAAUUGUCGCACUGCGAAUUGAGCCGAAGUGAAGGUGUAAUUACCUAUAGUGCACAAAGAAUAUCGAGUGUAAGAAGUGGCUAAAACAAACCGGGUAAGACCCCAUAAAUCAGCUCAAGAAAGCACAGAUCGAAUCAAGCUGCACCAGGCGUGUCCUUGAGGCUCGGGAUUUAGGAUUAGAUUUCCACUUGCAAUAUGGAUACGUCGCAAAGGAACCACCAAAAUCAAGGCUUCGUGGGCGACGACGGACGCAGUACGGCCAGCACAGUGGAGAUUUCGACCAACAGUCCAGCCCUGCGCAUUAAUUCCGAUGACCAGGAGGCAGCCAAAGUGCCAGAGGAGCGUGCCACCUGGGGCAAAGGCGUGGAGUUCCUGAUGUCCUGCAUCGCCAUGUCCGUGGGUCUGGGAAAUGUGUGGCGAUUCCCAUUCACUGCCCUCGAUAAUGGCGGCGGCGCCUUCCUCAUACCAUAUCUCAUUGUCCUGUUCCUGAUUGGCAAACCGAUUUACUAUCUGGAAAUGGUAAUUGGCCAGUUUUCCAGUCGCGGUUCGGUUAAAGUGUUCGAUUUGUGCCCGGCGAUGAAAGGUGUCGGAGCUGGCCAGGCUUUCCAGGUGUUCAUGCUCAGCACUUACUAUGCCGCCCUGGUAGCGAUAAUUGGCCGAUAUUUCAUUGAAUCAUUUCGCAACCCAUUGCCCUGGUCCACAUGCCGUGCGGAAUGGGGUGUCCACUGCAUUAACUCAGCCCCCGAUGCGAGUAAUUGGUCUCGAGUGGAAGGCGAUGAUCAGAGCCCACAAAAUUACACAAUGAAAUCACUGAACGAUCGGGUCAUCACCAGUUCGGAAUGGUACUUUGUUACGGAAGUGCUCCACGAGAAGCCAAAUAUCGAGGAUGGAAUUGGCCUGCCAAACUGGGAGUUGGUCAUUGGGCUCUUCAUCGCCUGGGCCUGUGUAUUCUGCAUUAUUCGUCGCGGAGUGAAGAGUUCUGGAAAGGCAUCCUACUUCCUGGCCCUCUUCCCGUACGUCAUCAUGGGUGUCCUUUUGGUGCGAGCUGUAACUCUGCCCGGAUCUAUAGACGGUAUAUACUACUUCAUUAAGCCGCAAUGGGGAAAGAUUUUGGACCCCAAGGUCUGGUAUGCAGCUGUAACCCAGUGUUUCUACUCGCUGUCCGUUUGUUUUGGCAACAUCAUCAUGUACUCCUCGUUCAACAAGUUCGGCCACAACGUACAUAGGGACGCGGCGAUUGUGACGGGUCUGGACACCAUGACCUCUCUGUUGGCUGGAUUCACGAUUUUCGGUAUCCUCGGUCAUCUGGCCCACGAAAUCGGAACCGAUGACAUCGGUUCAGUGGUGAAGGGUGGUGCCGGAUUGGCCUUCAUCUCAUAUCCCGAUGCCAUUGCCAAGUUCAAGCAGCUGCCACAGAUCUUCUCAGUGCUGUUCUUCCUCAUGCUCUUCGUUUUGGGCAUAGGAUCGAAUAUUGCCAUGACCUCCUGCUCGGUGACCGCCAUUCGGGAUCGGUUUCCCAACUUUGGGCAGUGGCAGUGCUCGCUGCUCAUAGCGGUUGUCAGCUUCUUUAUUGGAUUGUUGUAUAUAACACCGGGCGGUCAAUAUAUGCUGACUCUUGUGGACUUCUUUGGCGCCUCGAUGAUUGCUCUGGUACUGGGAAUCGCCGAGCUGUACACCAUUGGAUGGAUCUAUGGCACAGACCGCCUGUGCAAGGACAUUGAGUUCAUGCUGGGUCGCAAAGUGGGCCUGUACUGGAGGCUCUGCUGGAGCAUCAUUACUCCCUUGAUCAUGACUGUUAUUCUCAUCUACUUCUAUGCGACCUACCAACCUCUAACUUACAACAAUAUUAUCUAUCCAAAUUGGGCUUACACUAUUGGCUGGCUGAUAACGGCCUUCGGAAUUCUUCAGCUGCCCAUAUGGAUGAUUGUGGCCAUUGUUCGAGAUCCAGGUCAGACUUUGGGUGCCAAAAUCCGUGGAGCCUUUACGCCGAAGAAGAAUUGGGGACCCAGUGACCCCCUUCUCCGGGAACAGUAUCACAAGGAAAUCGAGAACGAGUUGACCCCGAAACGGGGUCAGGGAAUUUGGGCUGCCAUCAAGCAAAACAUCUUUGGUUGAUCCAUCAUCAGAGAGGACAAACAAUAACCGCUCAUGUAAAUAAUCGCAUUUUAAGAGAAAAGAAUUUAAAAGAUCUUGUAUAAAUCUUAAGUCUGCCAAUAAACUUGAUAAGUAUGUAGCAAA